GCCGCCCAGCGUUCCAUGGUUGCCUGGCAACCCUGGCCCGGGGACGUUCCACGGUUGCCGAGGCGGCCCCACGCUGGGGCGCAGCGGAGGAAUGCGCGGCGCGGCUUCGGGGCCACGGGAGUGAUAAAAAUGGCUUCCAUUCCCGAGAGACCAGGACCUUGGGCAAAGGAUCAUUGUGAUUACCUGCUAGAUUCUAUUGAUGCUCAACUCAGCCAGCUACAGGAACCCAGCGGAAUAAUCAAGGGCAGCAGUGACAGUGGGAAGGCUUCUCUCAAGAAAACUGCGGGCACUAAUGCCACAGCAGAUCUGGACGGAUGCUCUGGGGUCAGGGACAGAGAGGCCUCUCCGGGGGAAGACCCGUCCUCUUGGGAAGAGGAUUAUGCCUGGUGGCCGGUGCGUUUCCUCGACUUGGGGGCCGCCCUAGGAGACAGGAGCAGAUCGGACUCGGUUUGCACGGAAGACUUUGCGGCCAAGUUUAACGAGGUCCUGGUGGAUCCCCUGCCCGGCUCUGAAGAGGAGAGCAGUGCCUUGGCUCUUGACUCGGGGCCUCUAAAACACGCUAUUCGCGAUCCGGUUAAUACUUCUUCGCCUUUCGCGGACUAUGAAGCGGCCUUGGAUUGUCUCUCGGUAGAUUCAGCAAGAAAGGAAGGAAUCGCCCAAUUGCCUAAGGGAGGGUCUGAGGAGGAAUGGGACCAGGAGGAGUUGGCUGGCAGUUCGAGAGAUGCUCCACCGUUGUGUAUUCCGCGCAGAAUUAAGAGCGCAGAGUCUCUAGGAGAGCAGAUCUCAUGGCUUAGUCAGAAGUGGUCCACGGAUGAGACAUGGAAGAAGGUUCUUCAGCUCAGGGGCCUGAGCUCUGGGGAGGGGUCUCUGGGCUCGGAGAUCUCUCCGCGAAGCAUCUUCCUGGGGCCACAGCAGGAGCAAAGAGGUUCAGAGGAAUCUUUUGAGUGGGUUCAGGAAGCUCAUGAAAAUACAGAGAGCCCGUUGCUCCUUGAAGAUUUGAGGCCUUCCCAGCUGCUCCCAGCAUCUAACGUAAAAACUGUUUUGGAUGGUGGGUCCCCAUCUGGGGGGACAGCAGGAUGCGGCCACCCCGUGGAGCGGUCCAGCUGCCCAAGGGGUUCGUUGGAUGUGGCCUGCCCGUGCACCAUCAGAGCAUCUUUGGUACCCUCUAAUGAAGAGGAUGGAGGUGGAUCAAAAACCCCUUUCUGUCUUUAUCCACAGGGAGCCUGGGACUCUGGUAAAACACAGAGGCUGGCUCUGUCAAGGAUCGGCAUGGACAGUGGUGCCACUCGGGCUACUGUGUAUUCCCAUAAGGCUCCAGGCUCAGCCAAUGAUGGCUGUAUGGGAUGCAGGAAGGAAUGGAUCAUGGAUGCCCAUUGCACAGAUGGGCACAAUGAGGCUCUGGAAUCAAAGGAGUGUGGCAGUUUGGGCUCUCAGCACCAUGAUCCCCAGUCUGAGCUGAACCAGGGCUGGAUGGAGUCCUUUCAGGGCAAACCUGUGGCAGGUGAGGUUACCCGGAGCCAGGAAGGGCUAUCCGCCGGCCUCAGUGUCAAGAAGAGCCUCUUGCCGCCGCAGCGGGAUUUGCUGAGGUCCCCCGGUUGCAGUGAUGGAGGCAGCAAAGAGGAAGACGAGGAGUUUGCCAGGUUAUGCAGGGCCAGCGAGUCGUGGAGGUGGGAUGCGAGCAGAGGAUCAGAACCCAGUGGGAAGAGAGCUGAGCUGGGAGGCUACAGAAACCUCGAGGAGUUGGAAUUGGAAGAAGAAAAAUUGUCGCAGAAAAGGGCCCAGAUCCGCGAAGCUGACGUGUCCCUGCAGAGUGUCCUCCAGCAGAAAAAGCAUGUCGCUCUGGAGCUGGAGACUUUUCGGGAGGCCCUGGAAAAGAGCCAGAGGGAGGCGAGGAGGCUGCAGCUGAUCAUGGAAGAGAAGCGGAGCCAAGUGGAUGAGGCCAGGGCUGACCUGUUGCUCCUGGAGUACAAGCGGGAAGCCUGCCUGAGGGACCUGCUGGCGCUGGAGCAGGAGCUGAGCGUGAUGAGGAGCCAGAGGAGCCAGCAUGGGGCUGCCCAGGCAGACCUUGCAGAGAGCCUGAAGCAGGCAAAAGCCAGAGCCCUCCAGGAGCAAGCAGCCAAAUUUCAGAAAGAAACAGAAGACCUUCGCAAGACCAUAAAGGAGCAAAAUGCUGAAAUUGCCCAGCAGCGGAAAGCUAUGGAACAGCAAGCCAAGGAGCUAAAGCAGGAAGCUCAGGAAAUGGCUGAGAACUCGCUGCUCCAGGAACGGAAGAGCUGGGAGGCCGAGACGAGGGCCGCCCUCCAGAUGCAGCGCAAGGCCCUGGAGGAGCAGGAGCGGAAGAUGCAGGGAGAACUCCAGGAAGCCCUGGAGAAGGAGAGGAAACUCAGCCUGGCCUUGCGGGACGAAGCAGCCGACCUCCACAAGAGGAUCCAGGUGUUGGAGGGCGAGGCUCGGGAGAAGAAGGGGGCCAUGGAAGACCUCCGGGCUCUGCUGCAAGCGGAGAAGGCAGAAGCCUUGAAGAGGCUGCGAGAGGAGCUGGAGUUGGAAAAGGAAAAGUGGAGAAUACAGUUGCAGCGGACGGAGGAAGAGCAGCGCCUCCUGCUGGCCGAGCAGCGCGAGACGUCCCAGGCACAGACUGCAAGGGCUGACGGCUCUCUGGCCAGGGAGGUUGCCUUGGCAUGCCAGAGACUCCGGGACCUGCUACCCCAAAGGGCUGGCCUGCCCCAGAUGCUGCAAGGGAAGCCAGCGCUCCUCUCCUCCAGCCACGCCCUCCGGGCCUUGCAAGAGGUGACUGAAGAAACUCAGCACUACCUCCGAGAACUGAAGCACGAGGCAGAGGCGCAGAAGCACCAGGCCCUUCAGACCCAGAGGGAGAAGGAGCGGGAGCUGAGGCAGCAGCAGGAGAAGCUUCACCUGGAGAACCAGUCAGCUCUAGAUGCUCUGAAGGAGCAGCUAGUCCAGGAGCACCUGGAAGACAUCGCCACCUUGCAGAGCAGCUGGGUGAAGAAGACGGCGGGGAAGGAAGACGCAUCGCUGCGCCAGCAGCUGCAGAAGGAUGGAGAGCAGCAAAGCCAGAGAAGUGGGAAGGGCCGGACAUCCUGCCAACUGGCCAGUGAGUUUAAGGAGGAGCUGGAGGCGGAGGAGGAGAGGCGCCUGUCCAGGGACCAGCCCAUGGAUUUGCACAGGAACCUGGAGGCAUCCGGUUCGGAAUUCAGACAGUUCUGCAUGGGCCGAAAUGAAUACCUGCACCCCGGCCCACUCUGUUCUCCGGUGCUAAAUGCAGAUCCUUUCUCCAGCCAGCGCCUCUUCAGCACCCCAAGACUGCUGCAGCACCUGCAGAGACGAAUCCGAGAACUGAGGGCAGAGAAUGCCCUGUAUUGCAGAGGCAGCACAAGUAGCUAUGGCCAUUUGUGGGGAGAUCUUACCUGCAGAAGCAAGAGACACCUGACAUCAGAGCUCUCCUCGUCUCAGCUGCACAGGAAGAGCAGCUGGAAGUAGAAGAGUCCGGGUGGGACGGAGGAGGAGUCCCAACAGCGAGGAAGUCAGAAAAGCUUCACCCAGUAAUGGUGCUUUGUGCGGAGUACAGCAGAGGAAGGAAUAAACAUGACCGGAAGAGCAGAUUUCGAAGCCGCUGGUUUGAGGACAUCACAAGAGCUCUGAAGCUGGAGGUCCAACUAACCCACCUUCCUGUUCUCACACUGGGCAACUAGAUGUCUCUGGUGGUCAAUUAGAUGUCUCUGGGAAGCCUGAAAGCUGGACCUGAGAUACUAGUCUCUUGCAGCAAAGAAUCAUGUAGCACCUUAAAGACUAACACAUGUAUUCUGGCAUAAGCUUUCAUCGGCUAUAGACUGCUCCGCAAACACAUGUGCCAUCUACAAGUAGGAAAUUCAUUUUUAUAAUACUAAACAGAGAGCCAGCGUGGUAUAGUGGUUAGUGUUAGACCUGGGAGAACCAGGGUUCUAAAUCCCUGCUCAGCCAUUAACCUCCCUGCCCAUCACUGACUCCCAGCCUAACCUACCUCACAGGGUUGUUGUGAGGGAAAAUGGAGGGGGGUCAAAGCGUUCAUGCCACAUUGAGCUCCUUCGAAGAAAGGUGGGAUAUAAAUGUAACACAUAAAAUGAUGCGAUGGGGAACUUUUUUUAAAAAAAUAAAAGUGCUGAGUUUGGGCAGCUGUUUGCGGCUAA